CAAAAAUUUCGUCCUUAUGCUCCUCGUCCUGUAGAAGUCGUGCUCGUCGUGCAUCUUGCUCUUCUUGCUUUCGUGCUCGUCGUGCCCCUUGAUUUCGUUGUUUUAAGUACCUUCAUCGUACCUACACAACCAAAAAAAUCGAGCUUGGUGUAAAUGUACGAUGCGUUUUUCAUCAACAUCUGAGCACACAAGAAGUUGUAGAGCGCAAAAUCGUAUACCGAAUUGUUGCUUUCAAUCACAGGUGGACUGACGUUUGUUCCCUAGGACAAAGAUGAUACAACGCUAGUACAACGCACCCACCUCAGUAGAAAUUACGAUACCUUCAGGAGUGAUCUCACAUAGAAGAAGUUCUUUUGUACAGCAAGCGCAAAAAAGAUCAAGUCACCACGAGAAUCAAUCAUGUCGCCACUCCUAAUCCAACGAGCUGCCGAAGAUAAACGGCGAGGCUCGUCGAGGCGAGGAGCAGUAUUUUCCCCCGGCUUUCAUCUUUUUGCCGUUUUCAUCCUCCACACCACGUCGACGAGCAGUCCGGCUGUUGCGUUGCGUCUCGAGAAAACGUUCCAUGCGACGAGCAGGAGGACCGGUAUUAUUUCUACGAGAAGAGAUGAAAAUGAAAAACAAAAAACACGCCCAGCAGGUGGACAGACAACAGAGAGCCAUUCCAUAUUACCCACGGCACCUCCGUCUGGAAGAUUUGCUUUUGUUGAGCAACAACGAGCACAACUAGCACAAUCAGAAUCACACUCGUCGACUAUGACCAACAUGGCCGAUCCUUCCCAAUGCGGGCCCUGGGGCCCGCUUGGCGCGAACCUGGGGUCCUGGCUGGUACUGGAGUAUCCAGGAAAAAAACUGUGUAAGUGUAAGUUUUUUGGAGGAAUAGCAUCACAAGUUUGCUCUGCAUGACACAGAAAACCUGUCAUGCGUCGCUAGUACGUGAAAACACGAACGAAAAUUGCCUCUGAUGCAUGUCCAGCAUGACAAGUGUAACAGUUUUGCAUUUUCUGCAACACAAAUUUACACUUACUCAGUUUUUUUCCUGGAUAUGGAGGGCUGGAUGUUCAGUGGGUGGGUGUACGACAGCGGCAAUGACGACACUUUCGGUAUGGUGUUCUCAAACGUUACAUUCUCAACUGUUACAUGAACUUGUGAUGCAAGAAUGGGAAAAGUGAAAGGGGGAAGGUUGCACCUGUAGCAUUACCAAUUCCGCGCAGAUCUAGGCGCGGUUUAGAAGCCCCUCGCAAAUUUCUAAUGCGGAGCUGCAGCUUGAUCGUGAGGAUGAUGAUGGUGUUUUUGCAUGACGGAUUCAUGUAACAGUUGAGAAUGUAACGCUUGAGAGCGCCAUAGUCGGCCGAGCCAACACGGACACGGACUGCUGGGGAAUGGCCGAGUGGCAGAUCAUUCACGAGCGCUUUAUCCCUUAUUUUGAAACGAAACUGCAAAAAGGGAAGAAUGAGAAUCCAGGAGCACUUUUACCACAGCAUGAUGAAGACCUGGAGCACGAAGCGCGCCAACACGCUUUGUCGCUGCUACACGCACACUGGGCAAACUUCGUGCCGGAAGAAUUACUAGACGACUUGCACUCGAUUGGGGUGAACGUGUUGAGAAUCCCGAUCGGUUACUGGCUUUUCAGCGAGUGGAACGAUGAGGAAGCGCAUCCAACCUGGAAUAAGGGGUAUGACAUACCGUCGGCUACAGCUGCCGCUGUUGAUGAGAAUGGAAACAACAGUACGACGCACCAAGAAAUGAAUUCCCCGCGGCUCCCACCACCCAUCUGGUGGAACCAGGAGGGGUUCGCGGUGGGUUCCAGUCUAGCGGUUUUGGAAAGCCUGCUGCCCUACUUCUACGAGCGCUGCAUGCGUGUUUUUAUCGACAUGCACGCGAUUGCGGGCGUGGGCAUCGAAGACCAGGGGUUCGCGGGGUAUGCAUUGCAAAAGUAUCGUACUAGUAUGAAUUGCAUUACAAAUUCACUUAGCAUUACAAAUUGAAUUAUUUGUAAUGCGGAUUUGCCUUGAUGAAAAGGUUUGUAAUGCAUAAACGCAAUUAGUACGAGAACGAUACUUUUGCACAGGAUACGGGCUACAAGACGGCCAAGACGGAUGAUGGAAGAAAUGCGUGCUUCUACACGGUAUCAAAUGCAAAAACGUCUGGGUCGUCUGGAAGAAUGCAACUUGUGAUGCUGCGUCUGCAUUAUCCAAAAAUCUGUAUUGCAUGAACAAUAAAAGAGGUCUGGUUUUGGCCACGGCGAGAGGGCAUUUCUCUUGCGGUAUAGGCAUCAGAAAGCCCUCACAAGACCUGUGAUGCUAGGGCAUACAUCGCAGACAUCAGGAGUCAUGCAAAAUGUGCAUGACAUUUCCAGACCCCCAGACACUUUUGCAUUUGAUACACGGAUUGCAACCCGUUCGAAAAGGAAAACGCAUUAUACGGACAACAACCUCCGAAGAUACCCUACGGCUCGUGGCUGACCUACAUGGAAAAAAUCACGGAGCGAGCGUUCAUAUGCAUUGGAAAUGUGUCUGAGUGGGUCUGGAAUAUUGCUAUUGCAUUUGCAACCUGUGAUGCUAUUUACAAGUCUGGAGUAGUACAGGACAAAAAUCUGUGUUGCAUGGACGGCAAACCACACAGAGGCUGACUUUCUCAAACGGGAUAGGCAUGAUUAAAGGCGCUCCUGUGCAAUCAAUCUGUGAUGCUUGUGGGCGCAUUACAGAUACAGACCAACUACUUUGUAUUCUAGGAGAUGCACCACGGCAAACUUUGCACUCUUCCAGUUGACGACCUAGACAUACUUCUAUUUGCCUUUGAUAUUUCAAAUGGAUCAACAAAGUGAACGAGCAAUACCCCGGUUUGAUUGUCAUGUAUGAAGCGUUAAACGAACCGCAAAGUCAAGACUACCAACACCCGGACGAAAAAGUCGAUGAAUUUCUGUUGCACCAUAUGCAAUUGACAACUUUUCUGUACAUGUACGAAACGGAAAUGCAUCACAAAUAAUGUCACCAACUUGUAGCAUGCCACUUGUCAAUGUCAUGCUGAAUGGAAAUUAUGAAACAAAACAUUUUUCAUGCAGAAACCCCAUUAUUUGUACAUCUACAUGUACAGGAAAAUAUUUACUGUGGAUACACCACUACUACCCGAUGGUCCGGAAAAAAGCGGCAGAGGUGAAUCUGAGCCCAGACGUCGAGCUGGUGUUGCUUGUGCUGCAGGAUCAUGACAGUUCAUGGAAGAAAAACGUGGAUUACCUGUACAAAAAUGGAAACUUCGCAGAGCCGCUUCGAGAAUGGCACGACGGCUUCCCGACGCAGAGGGCCCCCGCGAUUGAAGAAGAUUUUUCGCACAAUGACAAUGGGCAACAUCUGUCCGAGGCGGGAUCCGGAUCUGCCAUUUUCGACUUCCACAAUUAUGUCAAUUGGAUGGUUAUCCCAGAUCCGGAAAACUUCGUCACCGACAAAUUGUCGAGAACCUGGGAACUCGGAAACAGCAUUUCCGGGGAGUGGAGCACCGCCGGCGCUUGGGCGGUUGAUGACAGGAUCAAAACUAUUGAGAGGAAAAAUUCCCCCGCCCCAUAUCAAAACGGAAAUCUGUGAUGCAGAUUUGUUGUCACAAAUCAGCUUUGUCAUGCUACACGGGAAAAGAUGCGGACUGUAGUGCUGGGUGGCGUGGGAGAGCCUUGCAUCUUCAGCAUGAUAGGAGGCGGCUGAGAGUGGGAAACAGCAUCACAAAUUGCCUGCAAACGAGACCACGACUGCGGCUCUUGGCCUUCUAGCAUGACAAGUCGAUUUGGUACCUCAAAUCUUGCAUCACAGAUUUCCAUUUCGAUAUGGGGAAGGGGGAUUUUUCCGUUUGAUAAAAACUGCCUGGCAGUGCGGAAAGGCGGGGUGGUAUCCAGGAAAAAAACUGUGUAAGUGUAACUUUCUUUGAGGAACAGCAUCACAAAUUUGCUCUACAUGACAGAGAAAACCUGUCAUGCAUGGUUUGUAAGAGUAAGGGAAAACACACAUGAAAAGAGGACUUCAUGGCUGUCUGGCAUGACAGCUGUAAUUCUGUUGCAUCUUCUGCAACACGAAUUUACACUUACAUACACAGUUUUUUUCUUGCAUAGGUGGUCUAGGGAAAAGAAGCUCGACUGGAUCAGAGAUCUUUGGGAUAAGUACAUGACAGUCUACGAAGAAAACAAGUUCCGCGCCCAUUUCUACUGGAACGGCCGCAUGGCCCGGGACGAAACCCACGUUUUCGAAGACUAUGGGUUGCAAAAAUGUCUGGGUCUGGAAGAUUGCAACUUGUCAUGCUGUUUUUGGAUUCUAGGAAAAUUUGUAUUGCAUGACCAGCAAAAGGGGUCUAGUUUGUGCUACGCGGACACGGCAUUUCUCAUGCGAAAGGCGCAUCAGAAAGCCCUUUAAAAGUCUGUGAUGCUAGGUCAUGCAUUACAGGCAUCAUGGGUCAUGAGAAAUAUUCAUGACAAAUCUCGGAAUCUUCCAGACCCCGACACUUUUGCACUUGAUAAAGACUGCAGCGAAACAAGUACUACAGCUGCUGCUUCCACCGCUCCCAAUUAUCAGCCCCGGUACUGCCUCUCUGAAUCGAAAUCGAACCCCUAUUGGAAGGAGGGUGGGGAUCCGCUGUGGGACGGCAGUUUUUGGUGCUGGUCUCUGGCCAGGAUCAUCAAGGAGCAGGCGCAUACAGAGAAGGGCACUUCUCCUGAAAAAGCGCUGUUGCGAAUGCCGCUACCUGAUAGCGUUGUGAAAGAGGACCUGCCGUCGAAGAAUAACGACUGGAUGGAGCCGGGGUUUGCAAGAUUUUUGGAGAGAAGCAUGCUGGUGGAAGUAGUUGACAGCGGUUCAUCUCCUGGAGUUGUAGUUGAUGAGACCACGACGUCGACACCAUCUUCAUCUACAAACUCUCCUGGAACGACAGAAGACAACGACUUGACUAGUACUGCCUCCACUACAGACGGCAAAAAUUAUGACGCGAAGACACAAGAACCAGGACCGGCCCCUGGAGUCGGCGCAGGAGUUGGAAACGAAGAUGUACCUGGUCGUGGUGCUGUUGAAAACUUACCAGGCACUUCAAAUGAACAGCAGCGACAACACGACAUCACUUUUGAAAACAAAACCGUGUCACGACCAGUCCUGCCGACCAUCACGACGAGCGCGAGCACUUUUGACGACUCGAAGAAGUACCUGAUCCCGUGUUUCAGUGGCUAUCUGCACCCCUGCUGGGCCAUGGUAGGGGUGGUUUUAACUAUUGUUAUCGGCGUUCUUGUAGUUUCCGCUUGUUUAGGCUGGUUCCUCUGCAGCUGCCACGAAGAAUCUUCUACUUCGGGCAAGAGAGCCGCGGGGGACAGCAACGAGGCAGUUGCUGGUACUACGACGGACGAACGAGGUACUAAGAAGAAGAGGACGAAGGCGGCCGCGCGGGGUGGAUUUACUACAGAUAGCGACGAUAAUGGAACAAAGAAAAAGAACAGCAAAAAACAAUGGAUGACACCUGAGGAGUUCGCCGCUUCUUCGGUGAAACGGAAACAGAGUAGACGGAGUGCAGCGACAGCAAGAGCCCCCUCUGUAGUGCCGGUCGUUCUGGACGACAGUGAGAAAGAAGUAGAGGCGGACACCACCCACCUGGGCGGGCGAAAUAACAAGGCGACGAACGAGGGUGAACAAGAAGCGGGCGCUGGCGUUUCUCCACAAGAGGAGGAACAACGAAGCAGCUUCACGGCAAAAAUUUCCGCGUUUUUAACAGGCGGGUUUUCAUCGUCUACUUCCGGGAUGACGGCAGCGGAGCAGAGUAAAAAUUACAACGCCGCCGAGCAAGGUGUCCACCCGGAGUCGCUUGACUUAUCUUAGCAAGGAGGACAGCUCGUUGCUUUCGUCGAACGAUUCAUUUAUUCUGAAGCGAUUUUUGGGAUGAAAACGAUAAAACGCUUUUCCAUCUUUAGAGCAGCUACAGUGCGUUAGAGUUUUCUUGUAGUAGUCCUUUAUUCUACCCUGAACUACUUGAAGCUAGUUCUAGAUCGAGAUUGAUUUCUUAUUCCAGCCUGUUGUACGCACACAUAUUUCAAUCAAUUUUUUGUUUUUGCACAGACAAAUUCUCUACCCGAGUAGGUCCUCUCGUGAUAAAAGACCAGCGGCUAUUCUUCAUUGCUGGAUCUUCAUGAGACCAACACCAAAACUUUGCCUUUUCCCCAUCAUGCACUCCCUUCUUCGAAUUCCCUGCCCCAUCAUGAUUUUCAUUCUCCUGCUGACAUGAUUUAUUUUCAGUUUGUUCAAACGCAGGACGUGUUCAUAAAGCGCCACAUCAUUAAAACGCACGCAGUUCCCCAAGUACUAU